AUGUGUCGAUCUAUGGGAGAUGAUACCGCUGGGGGAGCCGCCUCAAUUGCCGCCGGUCGUGAAAUCUUGCCUACUAAUGUCCGGCCUUUACAUUAUAAUUUGAGCUUGGAGCCUGAUUUCAAGACUUUUACUUACGAUGGAACGGUCAUUAUUGAUCUUGACGUCGUGGAGCCAACCAGUUCGAUCACGCUAAAUGCAUUGGACCUCAAAGUUGAUUCCGCAACCCUGAUGUGGGGUGAUGAAUCGGAGCUGUUGGCUCAUAGUAUCAAAACAGACAUCGAGAAACAGACCGUAACUUCUACAUUUGGACUAGAGCUAGCUGCUGGCUCUAAGGUUAGGUUGAAGCAUACAUUCUCUGGCAAAUUGACGGACAACAUGGCUGGUUUCUACAGGUGCUCUUACCAGGACACUAAUGGGAAUACAAAAUAUAUCGCCUCCACUCAGAUGGAGCCGACAGAUGCCCGGCGAGCGUUCCCGUGCUUUGACGAGCCGGCUCUUAAGGCAGAGUUCACGGUCACGCUCAUCGCGGACAAGAAAAUGACUUGCUUGAGUAACAUGGAUGUUGCCCUGGAAAAGGAAGUUAGCUCAGAGAUGAGUGAUGAGCUUAGGAAAGCGGUCACCUUCAAUAGGUCUCCCCGUAUGUCGACUUAUCUCCUGGCUUUCAUUAUCGGAGAGCUUGACCAUAUCGAGACGAACUCCUUCCGCGUGCCUAUUCGUGUAUACGCUACCCCUGACCAGAAUAUCCAACAUGGUAAGUUUUCUCUAGAACUGGCGGCUAGAACUUUGGAAUUCUACGAGAAGGCCUUCGACAGCAAAUUCCCCCUCCCAAAGAUGGACAUGGUUGCCAUCCCGGAUUUCGCAGCUGGGGCGAUGGAGAAUUGGGGACUGAUAACCUACCGUAUUGUGGAUGUGCUCUAUGAUGAGAAAACCACCGGUGCUUCGACCAAGGAAAGAAUUGCUGAAACAGUCCAGCACGAGCUUGCCCAUCAAUGGUUCGGCAAUUUGGUGACGAUGGAUUUCUGGGAUGGAUUAUGGCUCAACGAAGGCUUUGCUACCUGGAUGUCAUGGUAUUCAUGCAAUAAGUUCUUCCCUGAGUGGAAUGUCUGGCAGAGCUAUGUUGUGAAUGAUCUUCAGAGUGCUCUGGCCCUUGACGCUUUGCGAAGCAGUCAUCCUAUUGAGGUUCCAGUAAAACGUGCCGAUGAGAUUAACCAAAUUUUUGACGCCAUCUCUUAUUCUAAGGGCUCGGCUGUCCUUCGCAUGAUAUCUAUGUAUAUGGGCGAAGAGAAGUUUCUGGAGGGUAUUCGUUUAUAUUUGCGAAAACAUGCUUACGGCAAUACAACUACCUCGGACUUAUGGGCUGCUCUCAGCGAGGUUAGCGGAAAGCCGAUUGAGUCCGUUAUGGAAGUUUGGACCAAAAAGGUUGGAUAUCCCGUUGUCACUGUUGAGGAGAAGCCGGAGGCCAAAGCGAUAUCCGUCCAGCAACAUCGCUAUCUCAGAACAGCAGAUGUCAAGCCCGAAGAAGAUUCAACGAUCUACCCUGUCGUUUUACGAUUGAAGAAUGAGACAUCUGUGGAUGAAACCGUCAUGUUAACAGAGCGAAAGCAGGAGAUCAAAGUUCCAGAUAUGGAUUUCUUCAAGCUGAACGCGGAUCACUCUAGUCUCUUCAGAACGUGCUAUAGUCCCGCUAGACUUGAGAAGUUGGGUAAAGAUGCCAAAGCUGGUCUUCUCAGUGUUGAGGAUAGAGCCGGUAUGAUUGCCGACGCGGGGGUUCUUGCUUCUUCCGGACACCAAACCACCUCUGGGAGUCUUUCCCUGCUGAAAAGCUUUGACAAUGAGUCGGAAUUUGUUGUAUGGAAUCAGAUUAUCAGUCAACUGGGUUCCAUCCGCAGUUCUUGGGUAUUUGAGGAUUCCCAGGUUAAAGAUGCUCUCAAGGCUUUCCAACGUAAUCUAAGCAGUGCCAAAGCUCAUGAGCUUGGAUGGGAGUUUUCGGAGACCGAUGGCCACGUUUUGCAACAAUUCAAGGCUAUGAUGUUCGGCACAGCCGGAGCAGCUGGCGACCAAAAGAUCAUUGAUGCGGCUAAGGAGAUGUUCCGUAAUUUCGCCGAUGGGGAUUAUACAGCCAUCCACCCCAACCUGCGAGCCAGCGUAUUUGACCUUGUUCUUCGGAACGGGGGAGAGAAAGAAUAUAACAUCAUUUUUGAUCGGUAUAAGAAAGCGUCCACGUCUACGGAGAAGAACACGGCGCUCCGGUCUUUGGGAAGUGCUCAGCAGCCGGAAUUGAUCCAACGCACCCUGAAACUAGCAUUGUCGGAUGAGGUACGGGCGCAGGACAUUUACAUGCCGCUGUCCAGCCUUCGAGUACACACAGCCGGAAUUACCGCGCGGUGGGAAUGGCUAAAAAAGGACUGGGAUGCAGUGGUCAAGCGAUUACCGCCGGCAUUCUCCAUGCUAGGCACAGUUAUACAAAUGUGUACUGGUUCUCUGACAACGUAUGAACAAUUGAAGGACGUCGAGGAUUUCUUCAAGGAUAAAGAAACGAAGGGAUUCGACCGAUCCCUGGAACAAGCCUUGGAUUCAAUCCGCGCAAAGGCCGGCUGGGUUCAGCGUGAUCGACAGGAAGUGGCGGCAUGGCUAAAGACGAAUGGAUAUCUUAACUCGAAGCUGUAG